AUGAAACUUUCUACAAGCAAAGGUAGCCGUGGCGCACCGGCGCUGCUGCUGCUGUUGGCGCUGUUUGCCGCCGUGCCGAAUGCCGUGCAGGGACGUGCCGCCCCAUCUGCUCGUGCUUUCGAUUCGUUCCGUCUGCCAAACAGUACCGUGCCAACACACUACACGCUGCACUUGGAUACGGACAUUGACCAAGGCAUUUUCGAGUACACCGGUAAGGUGCAGAUCCGCAUCAAUGUGCUCGAGACGACCGAUCAGAUUGUGCUGCACAGUUUGCGCAAUGUGAUCACCAGUUUGCAUGUGCGAAACAGUGCUCAGUUGGAAGUCCCAGUCAAGGGGUACGAGUUUGACGAGGAGAAAGAGUUCUUGGUGAUCAACUUGGGCACAGUGUUGUACCCUAGCAGUGGAACCCAUACCCUGGACAUCGAUUUUACCAACAGUAUCGACCGCAACGAUCAGGCAGGCUUCUACCGAUCGUCCUAUGUAGACGAACAAGGUGUCACUCGGUAUCAUGGUUUGACUCAGUUCGAGUCGGUCGAUGCCAGAACUUCGUUCCCGUGCUACGAUGAGCCCGGAAUAAAAACGACCUACGACAUCAGUAUCACCUGCGGAAACUCCUAUCAUGCACGCUCGAAUGCCCCAAUGCUUGGCAUUAGACUGCUCUCCGGGGGCAAAAAGCUUUCCACUUUCGCUACGACCCCCCGCAUGCAAACCUAUCUGGUGGCCUGGUUGGUGUCCGACUUUAUUUCCGAGCGCGAAGUGUUAAAGCAGCCCCAGCUUGCUGUCGCAACCUGGGCCAAGCCAACGUCGGCGAAUGUGCUCACCUACUCGGUUGAGGCCUCCGUUAAGUUCAUGCGCGCCAUGGAGGAAUACUUUGGCGAACAGUACACCAUGUCGAAAAUCGACAAUGUUGCCAUCAAGGACGGUGACUACGCGGCUGGCGCCAUGGAGAACUGGGGCCUCGUUACCUACCGGGAGUCGUCCAUAUUCUUCAACCCGGAAACGCAAACCCAAUCACAGCAGAUCGGAGUGGUAACGAUUGUAGGUCAUGAGUUUACGCACCAGUUCUUCGGUAACCUGCUGGCACCGAAAUGGUGGAGCUAUCUUUGGCUGAACGAAGGGUUUGCGCGGCUCUAUCAGUACUACGUUGGAUCUAUUAGCCACCCGGAGCACGGACUACGCGAGCGGUUUAUUACGGGCCCCAUGCAGAAUGCCUUCUCUUCCGAUGGAACGCCGACCAUUCGUCCGAUGACGUACUACAUUGACACACGGGCUGGAAUUUCGCGUCUUUUCGACCGAAUUGCCUACGAUAAAUCGGCCAGCGUUCUGCGCAUGAUGAGCUACGCCCUCGGAGAGGGUACGUUCCAGAAGGGAUUACGCUACUAUGUGCAGCAAAAUAAGGCCCGUGGCGUUGUUGAAGAGUCUAAUCUUUUCGAUAGUCUCGAUCAAGCCGCUAAAGAAGAUGCGGUGCUGCCAGUGACUUUCUCCAUGCAUGAAAUUUUCGGUUCCUGGUCCAAUCAGGCCGGCGUCCCGAUUGUGUCCGUCCGUCGUGAUGGAGACGAGUUCUUCUUCACACAGUCGCGCUACUAUGCUGAACCUCAGGAGGAUCCCCUUAAUAGCUCCUGGUGGAUUCCGAUCUCCUUCUCGACGCAAUCCAACACGGCGUACGAGAAGUUGCCCGCAUUCUGGAUGCCACCGCACAUCUCGGAGGUUUCGUACAGUAUCCCACUUGCCGAGGGAGAAACUGUGACAUUCAAUCCUCACUCGACCGGUUACUACCGCAUCUCGUACGAAGAACCACUGCUGGACGAGCUCAUCCAGCGUUUGACUACCGAUCAUGGUUCAAUACAACCGGCGGCUCGUGCUCGCCUGAUCGACGACACGUUGAACAUCGCAUAUCGUGAUGGAGGAGACUAUAGUGCAGCCUUGAAGCUGAUGAGCUAUCUCCGCGACGAAACCGAUUACGUCCCAUGGAUGGUGGCGUACGAGAACCUGCGGUAUCUAAAGACAAUGCUGCGCGGCAAUGCAAAGGCUUCGGAGAUGUUGGAGACUUUCGCCGAACAACUGGCUGCACCACUGCUCGAAAAGUACAGCUUUGCCAAACGAUCACACGAGUCGGCCAACGAUGAAGAGCUCAGAUCGAUUGCGAUCGAGCUGGCUUGCAGUGCUAGCGAAUCCUGCAAGAGCGCCGCCAUGGCCAGUGUCAAUGUUAAAGCAAGAAGUGUCGAAAACUUCUACAACGCCAACGAUCGUGCCUUGGUGUGCAGUGGACUCCGCUUGGCCAGAGCCGACGAACGAAAAGAGUUUGCGGAACAAAUGUCUUAUGAGAUGGAAAGCCAAGCAGAUGAUCCGUUCGCGAGGAAAUACAUUCGGGAAACGGUAGACUGCACGGGUAAAAAUGUUCAAGGUGUCCGAUACCUGUUUGAUCUCGACGAAGCAGAACGUACAAACGCUCUGUACCGUUUGAUCGUGGGAUCCAAGGUUGCUCCUGGGGAUUUGAUUCAAUCACUCACCUCGGACCUCUCCCGACGUCAGAGCUCCAAUUUAAAUCCCACUACGAUUUCCAAAUUCCUCCUGGAGGUAUCCCAUUACGUAACGGACCCGUCCGACAUUAGUCUGCUGUCGUCGGCAGUAUCACAGUUCGCUCCAUCAGCUGCAUCGGAGAUCGAUUACCAGCUGAUGGCCAACCAACGGUGGAUUGAGAGGAACGUCCAACCACUUACUGAUGCACUGAGCCAAAUCGUCGCCGUCUGACGCAAGCAAUGAUUGCCCAAAGUUCACUACCUUAAUCUGAUGGACGAGGUUAUUACGGAAGAAAAAGAAAAUAAAGUCAGUCCUUCUG